UAAUACGAACUCUCUCCCAACUAUGGCAUCAGCUUCGCCUUCAACAGCAUCACGCAACGUCGGCGAUGGAGGAUACUCACCAUCGAAGCCGAAGAACAAUAUUGCCGCGCGCUCGAGCAGUGAACAUCGCAUCGCCGCAGCGACGCCAAAAUACGAGACAACAUUUGGAGCAACCGACCAUCAAUCUGUAACGACGACCAAGUCAAUGAACGAGAUCUGGAGCGGGCGUACGGGAAAGCCGUAUCAGCGCAGUUCGUCGACGUCGCACGGUCAUUGGCUUUACAACAGUGUCGAGGGCAGCUCGGGAUCCGGCGAUACGCACGAUGAGCAGGAGAAGACGCUCUCCAGUGGUAUCGAGCCUCUUAGAUUUGCCGGAAUGACGACAAAUGUGUCGGUGGUUUCUAUUGGGUCGAUCAAGUCUGUCAAGACGGAUGAAGAUCUAGACGAGGUGAUUGUGUUUGUGGAAGAGCCGUCGAAGAAGCUGUGCUGCAUGCUAUGCAACCACGUUUUCAAGGACCCGGUCAUCACGUUGUGUGGGCAUACGUUCUGCAGAUCAUGUGCAGUGACGCGGCAGCACGAUAAGUGUCCGAUCGACGACUGUCCUCUUUCUGUGGUCGUGUCCAACAUUGCUAUAUCUGAUCAAAUCGGUGAGCUUCAAGUGUAUUGUAAAUAUGGAUGCAGGCCUAGCAGCAGUGUUGGAGAAUACGUGCGAGAUCCUAAUGGUUGUCCAUUCAAGAUAAAAUUAAAUCAGAAAAGAGAUCACGAGUCUCAUUGCCAGUAUGCUCCAACGCGGUGUCCUAAUAGCUCUAGUUGCCCGGCUUUGAUUAAACGGAAUUUAGAGGCACAUUUGGAUGUCUGCGAACACACACCAUGCGUACAUCGACGAUACGGCUGUAAGUUUAAGGCAACACGUGAGCUGGUUAGAGAACAUCUUAGAUCAUGUCGAUAUGAGACUGUCAAGGAUUUUCUUGGUGACACGGAAAGUCAGAUUGUUGCUCUCCGGACCAAGUUACAAGAGAGAGAGAACGAGGUCAACUCUCUACGAGCAACGGUUGGCAGUCUGUCUGAUCGACUUGGUCUGCUGGAGCAAAGUUGCUCGAUAAGACUCGAGAGAUUGGAAGACAAGCAAGGCAAAGUGUCAUGUGACGUUCUCGAUAUGAGACAUUCUCUUUCAUACAUGGGUAAUGAGUUGCAACAGAUUCAAAGUCAAAUGGGCACAGUAAGAACUAUGGAUCAACAUUUGUGGAAAUGCAAGGGUACGUUUGUUGGUCAUGAGGGCCCGGUGUGGACGCUCUGUGUAUAUGGUGAGUUGCUCUUCAGCGGCUCGUCGGAUAAGACCAUCAAGGUGUGGGAUAUACAGACGACGUACAAGUGUAUGAGGACGCUGGAAGGGCAUUCGGGCAUCGUUUUGGCUCUCUGUGUUCACGGGAAACGUUUGUACAGCGGAUCGGCGGACAACAGCAUCAAAGUGUGGAAACUCGGUAAUCUUGAGUGCGAGCACACAAUUCAAGCGCACGAGAAUCCCGUUUGCACGUUGGCCACAUCGUCCAACCUUCUCUUCAGCGGCUCGUUGAAAACAAUCAAAGUGUGGGACAUGCACAACCACCAGAUGGUUCAUGAAAUGACAGGUCAGAACCACUGGGUAAGAGCAUUGGUAGCCACGCAGGACUACCUCUACAGCGGAUCAUAUCAGUCAGUGAAGAUAUGGAACAUGGAGACGUUCGAGUGUGUCAAUGUUGUCAAUGUGUCUGGGGGCAGCGUUUACUCUAUUGCUGUCACCGAUCAGCAUCUCAUCACUGGAACAUAUGAAAACCAGAUACAUGUGUGGGAUGUCAAUACUUUCAAACCUCUUGCAACGUUGUCCGGUCACGUUGGCACUGUGUAUGCUCUAGUUGCCAUCCCUUAUGCUGCCACACAGAUGCAGUUGUUCAGUGCAAGCUAUGACCGAACUCUACGAGUAUGGAACUUGGAGACGAUGGGGUGUGUUCAGACGUUGAUUCGUCACCAAGGCAGCGUUGCAUGUCUCACGUCCGCUCGAGGACGAGUCUACUCUGGUGCAGUGGAUAGUGCUGUAAAGGUUUGGCAGUAAAGAAUCACUCUCUACAAGUUGUAGCCGUGCAGCUGGCUGUGCAAUGACGUCUACCACAUUGCUGGUCAAAGCGUGUAGAACACUCAACGUGCAGAGAGACAGAGAGAGCAUGUACAUAAUAGUUAAUA